AUGCCUAAUGACACAGACAUCAUACCACAGCCUGCACUCAAAGUUCCUUCCCCGCACACAAAAUUCAUGGUCAGUUGGAUAUGUGUGCUAAAGUCCGAGUUCCGGGCAGCCGUGACCAUCCUGGACGAGAAGUACGAUAGAGCCGGCCUGAUCCGCGUUGGGACGCAUAAUGUGAUAAUCAAUCUCCCACCAGCGGAAAUGUACGGACGGAUCCAUGCAUCCAGAAUUACCAUGGACAUGAGAAGUACUUUUCCGAGAAUACGAUGCGUCCUUCUAGUCGGAAUCGCAGGCGGAGCGCCCUCCGAGAAGAACGACAUCCGGCUUGGUGAUGUGGUUCUCGGAACUAAGAUUGUUCCUUAUGCAACGGUCAAGGAUACCGAUCAUGGCUUUUUGCGUACGGGCUUAAUAAGAACUCCGCCAAGUGAGCUUUUGGAAACCAUCACGUUCCUGGAGGAGCGUCUUUGGUCGGAGAAUGUGAGUCACUUGGACUCUAUUGAGCGCAUUCGAACAAGAACCGCUAGAGGCCGGAUUGCAAUGGGCCUGUAUCCAAGGGAGAAUCGUGAAGGAGAUCCGGCGCGGUUGUUUAAAGGGGGCAUUGGGUCCGACGGCCAUGUCAUGAAAAUUGCUUCUACUCAAGCUACAGGAGUGAUAGACAUUACUCCUUGUCUGCCCAUCCGGGAAUCUCAGAUUACGCGGAUGGGCACAAAAACGAUGACUGGCAUCUAUAUGCCGCUUUGGAAGCAGCAGAAUGUGCGAGGGUGCUCUUGCUAUCUCGUGGAUCGCUACAUAACAGGUGCGGUCGGCAACCCAAAUGCCAUUUCUGGCAACGACAUCGAGAAGCUGAAGCAGAACCGUGAUAGUUCAAUGGAGCGUCAUGCUUUACCCAAAGAGUUCAUGGUGCCGCAGCUUCGAAAGAUGCAGGGUGCAUCGCCCGAUGAUAUUCCUGGCGUCCGAAAGAAUUUGCAAAAGCUCAAAGACAUGCAAACAAAGCUGAGGAUGGGGCUGGAAGAUCUUGAUCUAACAAUGGAACAACACGACGAUUUACUUUAA